AUGAAGGCAUCAUUUGCUCUUCUGGCUUAUGCCGGCUCUGCUCUGGCAGGAAAGGGUGGAGGUGAAGGAGGUGGCGGCGGCGACUGGGAUAUUACAACCUAUACCACUUAUGAGACGACGACUGUGUGCCCAAUUACCGCCACAUAUACCGAGGGCGGCUCAACAUACGAAGAGACGACCUAUACCACCUCCACAAUCACAGUGACCGACUGCGGCGGAAAGGAGUGUGGAGGCGAAGUGACUGUCACGGCCCCCGAUACCACCAUUGGCACUACGACCGAGGUGGAUGUCACUUACACAACGAUAUGCCCAGUCACAGAGACCGUCACGGCGCCGGGCUCUACCUACACCAAGACUUACGCCACAACCAGCGUUUAUGUGACAAAGCUCGAGACUGUCAUUUACGAGACCGUCACUGGCCCCCCCGUGACUUCCCACGUCGAAACCGAGGUCUACACCACUCUGACCAGUCUUUGCCCCGUCACAGAGACCAAGACGAUUGGCGGCUCAACGGUCGUGCUGACCUGGACGUCGACUUCCACCAUCAAGACAAUCGUCCCCACCACCGCAACGGAGUACACGUCUUACACCGUAACUGAGCAUGUGUCAACCGAAGUCUACGAGACGGUUUCCUGCCCGGAGACAGUCUACACGACUGAGACUGAGGGAACGACCAUCUACAUCACGAAGACCGGCACGAUCCCCGUCACACUGACGACCGAGUACACUGUCACUGAGACCAUUCCCGUCACGGAGACAAAGGGGGUCGAUGUCACUGUGACCUACGAGGCCAGCAAAGGAGACACCGUCUCCGUCUACCCGACCAUCUGGGUGACAUACAGCGACACGACUAUCGUGACGAAGUCAAAGCUGCCGACUACGGUCAGCUACCCUACGACCAAGUCGGUUGGCACCACUUCGAUUUACACCUCCUCUACGUACGCUGCCUCGUCAAGCACUGCACCAGCCCAGGUCUCGUCUGGUCUUGCGCCGCAAGCAACCCAGGCCAUCGGCGCUGUUCUGGCUGGUGUUGUUGGUUUCGCUGCCAUGCUGUAG